ACAUUAUUUCUAUACCUCAACGAUUCAACGGCGACCGCGAUAAGCUUAGCUAAUGAAGGUCAGAAACGUCAAAACUAAACUGGACACAUGCUCGAACUUCCUAUUUCCCGACGUAAUUAUAGCCAAGUAAGGCUAACUUUAUUUAAAAAAUGGAUAGAAUUUUAAGAGGAAUUAUGAGAUAUCGUGUCUUAGACAGAGCAAGCAUGGUUAAACAAUUUGAACAAGUUCGGGACAAUCCUGUGCCAAAAGCUAUAUUUUAUAGUUGUAUGGACAGUAGAAUGAUUCCCACAAGAUUUACGGAAACAUCUGUUGGUGAUAUGUUCGUUGUGAGGAAUGCCGGAAAUCUCAUACCACAUUCUCAAGCUUUUGUUGAUGAGAUGACAAGUUGUGAACCAGCAGGUUUAGAGCUUAGUUGUGUUUUAAAUGAUGUUAAGCAUGUAAUUGUUUGCGGCCACAGUGACUGUAAGGCGAUGAAUCUUCUUUACAAAUUAAAAAGUGACGAAGAAUCGAGUCUAGAACAAAGAAGAAUCUCACCACUUAAAUCUUGGCUUUGUACUCAUGGAAAGUCAAGUUUAGAUAAAUUCUUAGAUGUUAAAGGAAAUUUUGAUAAACCUAUAUUGUUUUCUGCUGAGACUCCGCAGAGAAAGUUUGUAGCUUAUAUCGAUCCUGAAAAUAAUUUUUGUAUCGAAGACAAAUUGUCACAGGUCAACACUUUACAGCAAUUACAAAACAUCGCAUCAUAUGGAAUGUUAAAAAAACGCUUAGAAAGACAUGAUUUACAUAUUCAUGCCUUAUGGUUUGAUAUUUACACUGGAGAUAUAUAUUACUUUAGCCGAAGAGCUAAACGAUUUCUUAUAAUAGAUGAAUCAAGCUACGAAAUUAUUUUAGCUGAAAUCCGAAGAUAUUACUCAUAACAAUUAUAACACUAGGAUUUUAAGUGCAUUUAUUGCUUAAGUAAUAAUAUCACCAGCAGCGGAUGGGACCAAGAUAUUUUUUGAAAUUGAUAUAUUUUUCUACUAAAUUAUUUAUAUUUUAUCGUGAUACCAAAUUAAACAUUUAAAUUUGGAUGUUUAAUUUAUAAAAAAUAUCGACUUAGUGUACUACUGUUUUAGGAAUUAGUAAUAAUCUAACAUAAGUGUUUCUUUUUUACUUUUUUAUGCUUUUUACAAGUUUUUAACAUUUUAGGGUUAUUAAUUUAUUAAGAAACGGGUUUUUUAAAGUAAAUAAUCAUAAAUAAUGCAAUUUAAAUUUUGCACACAUACUAUGAAAUUGUAUCUCUAGACAUAUUGCCUACAUAACAUACAAGCGAAAUCUAUAAUAUGUAUGUCUAAAAAAUCGAGACAUUGUUUUUAUAAGAGAGGACACACAAUACAAUACUCUCUGAUGU